GAAAACAUGAAAUGCCUGAUUGUUGGCGCUGGACCCGUAGGCGCACUGGCGGCAUUGUAUGGUGCCCGGAGAGGAUGGGAUGUAGAGGUGUACGAACUGCGAAGCGACCUUCGCGAUGUAUCAACAACGCCGCUUAACUUCACCAAAUCGAUCAACCUUGCGCUGUCGGAACGGGGCAUUAAUGCGAUGCGACAGUCGCAAUCUCAAAACUUGCUCGAUACGGUGCUUUCGGAUACGAUACCAAUGUACGGCCGCAUGAUUCACGGUCAGGAUACCGCUGGUCAGCUUACCGAACAGUCACAGCAAUACGAUGUGCAUGGACGCUUCAUUCGAGCCGUCGACCGCGCAAACCUGAACAAACUUCUUCUCGACGAGGUGGACGCCUUACCCAACGUCAAGCUUCAUUUCCAGCAUAGGCUCACGGGAGCCGACUUCAAGCGGCGGAAGGCAUGGUUUGAACAGAAGUCGUCUCGAACACCUCAGACAGCAGAUGCCGCUCAAGCUAACCAAGAUCAACACGAUGGCAGACCCAAAGAGAUUGAAUCUGAUUUCGAUCUCAUCCUGGGCUGUGACGGCGCUCACAGCAGUGUCCGUUACCAUAUGAUGAAGUACGUCCGCAUGGACUACGAGCAGAGCUAUAUUGACACGCUUUGGUGCGAGUUCACCGUUCCGCCUGCGUCCGAAGGAUCUGGUACCACGCCAUCAGCGCGAGACGGCUUCGCUACCAGUCCUAAUCAUCUCCAUAUCUGGCCAACCGGCAACAACAUGUUCAUUGCGAUACCGAGCGUGGACAAGUCCUUUACAUGCACACUGUUCGCUCCAUCUGCCGAAUUUGCCACGCUUGAAAAAGAUCCAGACAGCGUCCUGCCUUUCUUCCAGGCCAAUUUCCCCGGCGCGGCCGAGUUGAUUGGCUACAACGAGGUUCGCAAGCAGUUCCUGCAGAACCCUCAUCUUCCGCUUAUCAGCAUUAAAUGCUCACCACACACCCAUUCCUCCACUGGCGUGAUCAUUGGGGAUGCCGCACACGCUAUGGUGCCGUUCUACGGUCAGGGCAUGAACGCCGGCCUCGAAGAUGUUCGAAUUCUUUUUCAGCACCUUGACGCUAAUCCUUCAACUAGUGCGGGCAGAGAGGCAGCACUAGCAUCCUACAAUGCCGAGCGGGUACCGGACGCGCACACAAUCAACGACUUGGCGUUGGCGAACUACUGGGAGAUGCACGCCGGCGUGCGCUCGCCUCUGUACCUUUUGCGAAAAAGCGUCGAAGAAUUCCUUUCGGACAGGUUACCCAGCACUGGGUUUGCAACACAAUACAGUCGUGUCAGCUUCAGCAACCAACGAUACUCGGAAGUUGCGCGCACGGUGGCGAGGCAAGGCAAGAUCUUGUUUGGCGGCAUGCUUGGAGGUAUCGUCCUGCCGAUUGUUGGGUGGGCAUCGUGGUGGGUUUGGCGGUGGCAGCGUGCGAGUAAGGCGACCAGAGGUGCAGCAAGGGGCGGAGCGUGGCUGGGCAUGUGGUGGGAAAGGGUAGAAAGGGCAUUCACAUGAUCAAGGGCCCAGUAGCAUGCCUCGCAAGAGAUCUAUCUAUGGUUUGGCUUUUGACGACGAUCCUGACGCGGCUGUGUACGAACCACGACCGGCUUUAUGCAGGUGCGUCCGAUACGCCACGGCUCGAUCGCCGCUUUCAGGGAGCUUCGAUUCAUUUCGCGAACUACUCGUAGCAGGACACGACUGGAUUGGGCAAAGCAUCUCGUCGUUUGCACGGCGAGAGCAUUCCUCACUCUCCUCACAUGACUAUCAUGCGUUGACAAGACAA